AUGAAGCUCCCAUGCUCACUCCUCUUCCUGCUGCUCUGCAGUAUCAUCUCCGCUACACCAACCGUAACCUCCCUUGCCCAACCCAACCCUCACAAACCAAACGAACAUCCCCAGAACAAGGACAAAAACGCCGACGACCUAACCUCCAAACCCACCCAGGAUCCCUCCGGUGUCACACACCUAGGCCUCGACGGCAUCCUCCGCCAAUACGACGGCACCGGAAAAGUCACCAACUUCGACCAAUUCAGCCCUGCUCGAAUAAAACAGUACAACGAUUGCUUCCCCGAGAAAGAUCUACUUGCGAAGGCAUUCCAUGGCGUUGACGGCCGAAAGGUCACAGAUAAAGAGCAGUGUCUCCAUCCAGGAGAGCAGUACAAGCCGAAGUAUGACGGUGACGACAAGUCAAAGGAUGGGGACAGUGAUAAGGUUAAGGACAAGAAUGGUGUGCAGUCCAAGGGUUUGGGGGAUGAUGACAAGAAGGAUGGCUGUGAGCAGAAUCGGUGCAGGAAGCAUGAGGAGUGUGUUACACGGGAUUGUAGUAGAUUCUGCGGUAUGUCGGGGGCGUUGCCGUGGGGAUAUUGUCAGUAG